UGUGCUUCUCUCUUGAUGUUUGUUUAUUUAAUUUCCAAACAAAAAUCCCAUUACUUUGUUUACGAUGUUUAGGAAAAAAUAAGUAGAGUUCAUUUGAAAAGGGAAUAACAGUUUCUCUUGUAAUUAAGACUUUAAAUACAUAUUGAUGCAUUUGUUCCUGUGCAGUAAUAUUAAAUAACUGUUUAAAUGAUGUAGUUCCCCUAUCCUUAUUAUGAGCACUGAAAAAAUAAUUUAUAGUUUAGGGAAUCAUUUUGGUAUUGCAAUUAUGAUGACUGUUCUAAGAGUACUGUUUCUAAAAGUAAAAAUAUGAAAAUAAGAUUUGAAAUGAUACAUUGAUAGAAAUGAAAUAUAUAUAUAUAUGAAUAUGCAUGAUAAUUUAUACUAUUCACGUUUAUGCUUUACCCAAGCCAUUGAGGGAUCUUGAAAUCUAUACUCCCCCCCUUUGGGGAAAAAAAAGGACUUGAAUAUCUGUGCAACUUUAGGAUCCCACCUACCCUGAAACUAACUUAGUCAGUUUCACUCUAUUUUUUUUUCUGGAAAUAUAUUAAAGUUUAUUCCAGUACAACAAUAACUGAAAGAAGGGUUUUGUUUUCAUGACUAAUUUAGAACUUGUAGAUUUGAGCUGCCUGAAUUGGCCAGACAGCUGUAAUCGCACUCCUCUAUUCUUAAUCUCUUUAUCUGGGCAGCAGCUGCCAUAUGGCCACAGUCAGCUGGAUCAGAUGUUUAUAAGCUUCCUUCUUCGUCCCUCUCUGUCCUUUCAGCCUCCUAAUUUGAUCACAGCUACCUUGUGAGCUGCCCUCCAAUCUUUAUUUUUAGCCCUCUUAAGGAUUAGGAUUGAUGUUGGCUGUGGGGCACUUAAAGUGAUUGUAUUGUAAAUCUUCUCGCUUUAUUCUAUCUGCAGUAGAAUAUACUUUGGACAAGAGUGUAACUUUAAGAACACAUAAUGCCCAAAGAUGCAGCAGCUGUAUGUAACUAGUUUAGCACAACUUCGCUUGUAAGAAGUAGGAAAUAAAGAAGAUAUUUAAGGUUAUGCUGAAGACAGCAUGGAGUUCCCUGACCACAGCAGGCAUUUACUACAGUGUCUGAGUGAACAGAGGCAUCAAGGUUUUCUUUGUGACUGCACUGUUCUGGUAGGAGAUGCCCAAUUUCGAGCACACAGAGCUGUACUGGCUUCAUGCAGCAUGUAUUUCCACCUAUUUUACAAGGACCAGCUGGACAAAAGAGACAUUGUUCAUCUGAACAGCGACAUUGUUACAGCCCCAGCUUUCGCUCUCCUACUUGAAUUCAUGUAUGAAGGGAAACUCCAAUUCAAAGAUUUGCCCAUUGAAGAUGUGCUCGCAGCUGCCAGUUAUCUUCACAUGUACGACAUUGUUAAAGUUUGUAAAAAGAAACUAAAAGAAAAAGCCACCACUGAGGCAGACAGUACUAAAAAGGAAGAAGAUGCCUCAAGUUGCUCGGACAAAGUGGAGAGCCUUUCUGACGGCAGUAGCCACAUUGCAGGAGACAUACCCAGUGAUGAAGAGGAAGGGGAAGAUGAAAAACUGAGCAUCCUACCCAGCAAAAGGGACUUAACUGCUGAACCUGGGAACAUGUGGAUGAGAUUGCCUUCAGACUCCGGAGUGAUUCCCCAGAGUGGUGGGGAACCAGACACACAUGCAACAGCAGCUGGAAAAACAGUAGCCAGCCCCUGCAGCUCAACAGAGUCUUUGUCCCAGAGGUCUGUCACCUCAAUGAGGGAUUCAACAGAUGUUGACUGUGUCCUGGACUUGUCUGUGAAGUCAAGCCUUUCUGGAGUUGAGAAUUUGAACAAUUCAUAUUUCUCUUCACAGGAUAUGAUGCGAAACAACUUGGUGCAGGUGAAGGUGGAAAAAGAAGCAUCCUGUGAUGAGAGUGAUGUUGGCACUAAUGACUAUGACAUGGAGCAUAGCACUGUGAAAGAAAGUGUGAGCACUAAUAACAGGGUACCAUAUGAGCCAGCCCAUCUGGCUCCUAUGAGAGACGAUUCUGUUUUGAGGGAGCUAGAUAGAGAGGACAAAGCCAGUGAUGAUGAAAUCAUAACUCCAGAGAACGAGAGAGUUCAGGUGGAAGGGAGCAUGGACAGCAGUCUGCUCCCUUAUGUCUCCAACAUACUUAACCCUGCAGGCCAAAUUUUUAUGUGCCCCCUCUGCAACAAAGUCUUUCCUAGUCCCCACAUCCUGCAGAUUCACUUAAGUACGCACUUUCGAGAGCAGGACGGGAUCCGCAGUAAGCCUGCCGCUGAUGUCAAUGUCCCAACCUGUUCCUUGUGUGGUAAGACUUUUUCUUGCAUGUACACUUUGAAACGUCAUGAGAGGACUCAUUCAGGUGAAAAACCGUACACUUGUACUCAGUGUGGAAAGAGCUUCCAGUAUUCCCACAAUCUGAGCCGCCAUGCCGUAGUUCACACACGGGAGAAGCCACACGCUUGUAAGUGGUGUGAGCGGAGGUUCACCCAAUCUGGAGACCUUUACAGGCACAUUCGGAAGUUUCACUGUGAACUAGUGAACUCUUUGUCUGUCAAAAGUGAAGCACUGAGCUUACCUACUGUCAGAGACUGGACAUUAGAAGAUAGCUCUCAAGAACUUUGGAAAUAGAAUUUUAUAUAUAUAAUUAAUAUAUAUAUAUAUAUAUAUAUAAAUAAAUCUAUAUAGUUGUGGUACAGUCUAAAAGCAGUCUUGUUUCCUUAAACUAACAAAGUUUGGCCAUUAGCUUGUUUUAUGCACUUUAAAGCAGCAUGAACAUUUCACUACUUAGUGUUCUGAUAAUGAACUAUAGAAAUAAGACAAAUAAACUUCAUAAAAUCUUCCCCGUCUCCCCACCAAGUAAGUACUUCUUUUAAAAAUAACUGCAAUUGAACAAGUGUGAUUGUUAGAGUCUAUUUAACAUUAUUUACAAUAUUGCAUCAUUUCAAUCGCCACUUAAAUCAGUAAUCUCCAGUUUUUUUAAUCACUUUAGUUAAAUUUUUUAAACUGCAUGCAUCUUUUCUAGCUCAGGGAAACCUGAAUGCUUUUAGACCCAAGCGAUAUGAUUUCUAAAAGACUGGAGUAUCAAUUUUUCAAAAGUGAUUGUUAUUAUGUUGUAAUUUGUAAACUACAAUAGUUCCCAAUUAAAAAAAAAAAUUUUUUUGAAAAUACACUGGAAUCACGGGGACUCUGAAGGCGUGCUUGGGAUGAAAAAGGAUGUUGCAUUUCCAGCAGUUACAAACUGCAUUUAAAAUGUGAAUUACUGUUAUAUACUGUAAUUGAUUAAAAGGGUUGGGGGGUGUCAAAGAAAUUGACAAGUUGUGUUAAUGCUCUAAGUUGAGUCUUGGAAAGUAAAUAUUAAUGCUACAGAAAUGCAUGCAUUUCAGUAUAUUUUUGUCUUUGUUUGCAUUGUAUAACUUUAAUGAGUGAUUUUAAAAACUUAUUUAAUUUUUAGUAAGAAAAAGCACCAGGGAAAAAAAACUGGUGUUACGAAGAACAUAAAUGCACUGCUUUUAUUUUAUAUAAUUUAAAUUAAUUGCCCAUUGUCUUUAAGUUGAACAAAAGCUAUAUGUUGAUUUUAGCUAUGUAAAGGAAGAUAGUAAUGUUUACAGACUUAGAGAUUUGCAUGUGCAGUGAACAUUUAUUUUAAAAACUGAUUGCACAAACCCAUGCCAGCUCCAACCUUAGAUGCAUACACUUACCCAUGUGAGCAUUUUUAGAAUUCCUGCUGCACAAAUAAACAAUAGGUGUUCAUUUUAUUCGCCCCUUCAAAAGAUUCUAUGGAGUGAAAAAGCCCCAGGCUAAAAGAACUAAAAACCUUGAUUGACAUGGGACAGGGUGGGGAGAUGGUGGGAGAAAAGUUGGGGGAGGGUUUGUGAACUGUGUAUCCAAACAGCAAAGACUGCAGCCUGACGUGUGGUUUUAAUGAUCAACACGUAGGGCAAAAGCAUUUUGCACAGUGUUUGUUUUCCUGUCUUGCACUUACAAAUAAGGUCUAUGAGAGUAGCAUGGAAAAUGUUUUUUUUUCUGCUUUUGUUUAGAAUUUGAUCGCCUUAACUACUGUAAACAUAGCCUAUUUUUGUGCUUAAGAAACUGAAUGGAAAACUCCAUUGUGUAUUGCUGGAUGUUUUGGAAAUAUUUUGGUCAAAUGUAUAUUAAUUUGGCUGUAAUGGCAUUUAAAACAAAAAAAGCUGUGAAAAUGGCCUUGGAGCAUUAUUUUUAGUUACUUGAACAGUCUCUAUGUUUUAAAAAUUCAUUGUUUUUAUUUAGAAAAGACAAUCAGUGUCUGAAAAAAAAUGGACUACUUUUGCUUUUUUAUUUUUUGUGGACAUGAGUGAUUGUUGGGGGCUGUUAGGUUGCCCUUUAGUUUCACAUUAUUAUUAUUUUUUUGUUCUAAAAAUUAGACUGACAUCUAGCCUUGACAAUCAUAGUAUGUUUUAUUUUCAUGAGGGGGAGGGGAAUAACUUAUAAUGCUGUUUAGUUUUGUACUAUUGGUGUGUUGGUGAAUUUUUAAAUUGUGUGCUAACUGCAAUAAAUUAUACAUACUGAGAAAUCAUUUAGUUGUCUUCUCCCCUUUUUAAAAGAAAAAAAAGUAAAAUAUUGUACAUACUUAAUCUUUUUGUGCAGUUUCCUCUUGCUGUAUGGAAUAGACUUGCAGUUUGAAAUGAAUCUCAAGCAAAAAUGGUAUCCAUUAGGCAAAUGCUGCCAAUGCUGUAUUUCUAAAAAAAAAAAAAAAA